AUCGCGGUGCCUAUCGAGAACGCAGGACGCGAAACUGGAUAAUUCACACUCGUCAAGGAGUGCCGAAUUAUUACAAAUUCACACAUUUAGUUAAAUAAAUAUAUAUUCAAUAAUAAUAGAUCAAUUGUGUUUAAACUCUAGUUAAUUGUUAAUGUAAAUAUAGCAAGCGUACAAACUCGUGUUCUUACUUGCUACUAGUAGUCAAUUGUAAAUAAAACAACCCCAAUUUUAGUUACAACUAUUUAUUUUACUGCACCAGAUUUUGAUACUACUAUUUAUCGAUUGCUAUUAAAUUUUAUUAUAUUUUUAUUCUAUUAUUAUUUCGGUCAGUUAUGAUUGAGGCAAAUGAGUGUUACAUUGUUGAAAAGGAGGUUUUUAAGAGAAAUUCAUGUCGAACAAAUGAUAUGGACGAUACAGGGAAAAAUGUGUUGCAUAUUAACAUUACAGUGAGUGAAAAUGACGUUGUCAAAGGUGCGCGAUCGAUACUCGAAGUCAUCAGGCCGGUGUGGGAUUUGGAAGAUGUGCAAUUUAAGUUAUUCACCGAUGGAAUUACAAAUAAAUUAGUGGGAUGUUUCUAUGGAGAAAAAAGCUAUGACGAUGUUGUACUUGUUAGAGUGUAUGGAAAUAAUACAGAACUCUUAAUUGAUCGUGAAGUAGAAACAAGAAAUAUCAAACUAUUACACUGUCACGGUUUCGCACCUCGGUUGUACGCGACUUUCAACAAUGGCCUGGCUUACGAAUUCGUUCCUGGACGAACGCUGAGCGUAGACACUAUCAGGUUACCCAACGUCUGGCGUCUGGUUGCAAGGCAACUGGCCAGGUUACAUAAGCUGGCGGAGCAUGCGGGGAACGGCUGCGGUGCUGAACUUUGGCCUAAAAUGCAGAAAUAUUUUGACCUGGUGCCGGAUAUGUAUGAUGAUAUUGAUAAACAGAGAAGAUUUACCGAAACGAUUCUUCCUCUUUCGGAACUUCGGCCAGAAUUCACCAGGCUCUACACGACAUUGAAAGGUUUGGGCAGUCCAGUAGUUUUUGCCCAUAACGACCUGUUGCUGGCCAACAUAAUCUAUGAUGAGAAAAAAGAAAAAGUCACAUUUAUUGAUUAUGAAUACGCUGGAUAUAAUUAUCAAGCAUUUGAUAUCGGAAAUCAUUUUGCUGAAUUUGCAGGUCUAGGAGAAGUUGUAGACUAUUCCCGAUAUCCUUCAAAACAAUUCCAAUUAUCUUGGCUGAAAGAAUACUUGCAAAGUUAUUACAACACGGAAUUUGUUAGUGAAACUGAAGUGUUAAAAUUGUAUGGCCAAGUUAACAAGUUUUGUUUAGCAACGCAUUUCUUUUGGGGCAUUUGGGCUCUGAUACAAGCCAAACACUCCAGUAUAGAUUUUGAUUUUAUUGGGUAUGCUGCAAUUAGAUUCAAAGAAUACUUCACAAAAAAGGAGCAGUUUUUGUCCUUAAAAAGUUGA